AGGAACAGAGAGGUAUUUCCUCAGAGGCAGGUUGUUCGGUAGCUUUCUACCGGACUUCCAGAAGAUGGGCAGAGGUGGUGGGACUAGAAUACCACUAUGGAUAUCAAUACUAGCACUUGUCUUCAUACACAUUGAAGCUUUCAAAUCCCAAGAAGUGACAAUCAUUCCACCUUUUCAAAACACACUGAAAGUAAAGGUUGGCAACCCCUCUCACAAUGGCCGUGUGUGCAGCACAUGGGGUAACUUCCACUUCAAAACCUUUGAUGGGGACAUCUUUUACUUCCCUGGAGUCUGCAAUUACAUCUUUGCAUCCAACUGCAAGUCUUCCUAUGAGGACUUCAACAUCCAGAUUAGGCGUACAAUGGGGGAAAAUGCUACCGUGAUCACUCACGUCAUCAUGAAGCUGGAAGGAGCAGUGAUUGAACUGACCCGUGGCUCUGUCCGACUAGACAACAAAUUGGUUCAGAUGCCCUACAGCCAUAUGGGAGUCUUGAUAGAGAGAAGUAACAACUAUCUGAAAGUUUCUGCCAAGUUAGGACUGACCUUCCUUUGGAAUGAACAGGAUGCCCUCCUGGUGGAACUAGAUAAGAAAUAUGCCAAUCAGACUUGUGGACUUUGUGGGGACUUCAAUGGAAUUCCAGUUAAUGAUGAAUUUAUUUCAGGGAAGACAAAACUAACUCCCAUACAGUUUGGUAAUAGGCAGAAGAUGGAUGGACCCACAGAGCAGUGUGAUGAUCCUAUUCCUUCUACUGUUCAGAUGAACUGCUCAGCAGAAUUUGCUUCUAUCUGUGAGACAGUAUUAACCAGUAAAGCAUUUACGAGUUGCAACAUGCUUGUCAAUGUUCAGGACUACAUCGAAACUUGCAUACAAGACCUAUGCCACUGUGAUAGUUCUAUGGCUGACUUCUGUAUGUGUAACACUUUUGCUGAAUACUCCCGGCAGUGUGCUCAUGCAGGUGGACAGCCUCUGAACUGGAGAACCUCACAACUGUGUCCCAAAUCAUGUCCGUUCAACAUGCAAUACCAUGAGUGUGGCUCUCCCUGCUCUGACACGUGCAGCAACCCGGAACGAUCUGCACUUUGUGAAGACCAUUGUACAGAUGGCUGCGUCUGUCCUCCAGGCAAGCUUAUUUCCUGCCCUGUUCUUGAUGAUGUUAAUGGUGCUGGCUGCAUUCCCCGCAGAGAAUGCCACUGUACCUAUGAAGGUGAAACUUAUGCUCCUGGUGCCUCCUUCUCAUCUAAAUGCAGAUCAUGUACCUGUGUUGGAGGUGAAUGGUCUUGUGUCACUCAGUCAUGCCCUGGGACUUGCAGUAUUGAAGGAGGCUCCCACAUUUCAACAUUUGAUGAGAAACAUUACUCUUUCUUCGGAGACUGUAGCUAUGUCCUAACCAAGCUCUGUGACAGCAAUGAAUUCACAGUUCUGGGAGACAUCCACAAGUGUGGCCUGACUGAAACUGAGACGUGCCUCAAGGGUAUAGCCAUCAGCCUGAGUGGAGGACAAACUAACAUUGUGAUCCAACCUUCUGGUAGUGUAUUUGUGAAUAUGAUCUACACACAGCUGCCAUUCUCAGCAGCAAAUGUCACCAUCUUCAGACCUUCAUCUUUCUUCAUCGUUCUGCAAACAACCUUUGGUCUUCAGCUACAGGUUCAACUUGUGCCUUUCAUGCAACUUUUUAUAGACUUAGACCCCUCACAUAAAGGGCAGACCUGUGGUCUCUGUGGAAACUUCAAUGACAUGCAGACAGAUGAUUUCAAAACCACCAGUGGUGUAAUAGAGGGUACUUCAGCUGCCUUUGGCAAUACUUGGAAAACUCGGGCUGAUUGUCCUGAUGCCAAAAAUACCUUUGAGAACCCCUGUACUGUCAGCAUACAAAACGACCAGUAUGCUCAGCACUGGUGCGGACUGCUCUCUGAUACUAUGGGACCUUUUGCUGAAUGUCACUCAACAGUGAAUCCAGAAGUUUACCAGAAGAACUGCAUGUUUGACACGUGUAACUGUGAGAAGAGUGAGGACUGCAUGUGUGCUGCCCUUUCCAGCUAUGUCAGAGCCUGUGCUGCUAAAGGAGUUCUCCUCCCUGGAUGGAGAAGCAAAGCCUGCACAAAAUACACCACCUUGUGUCCGAAAUCUUUGAAGUACACUUACAAUGUCGAUACCUGUCAACCCACCUGCCGGUCUCUGAGUGAGCCUGAUGUCACAUGCAGCAUUAAGUUUGUCCCAGUUGACGGCUGCACCUGCAUAAAUGGAACAUACAUGGAUGAAACUGGCAAAUGUGUGCCUGCAUCUAGCUGUCCUUGUUACUACAAAGGAAUGCCUCUGUCUUCCGGAGAAGUUAUUCAUGAUAAUGGUGUUGUCUGCACUUGCACCUAUGGAAAACUGAGCUGCAUUGGAGAGAAACCUGAACCAGUCUGUGUACCUCCCAUGGUUUAUAUCGACUGUGGUAACGCCACUGCAGAUGUGGUAGGAGCAGGAUGCCAGAAGAGCUGUCAGACUCUAGAUAUGGAAUGCUACAGAACUCACUGUGUCUCUGGCUGUGUAUGUCCUCAUGAUCAAGUGUUAGAUGGCAAAGGAGGCUGUAUAGCUCCAGAAGACUGUCCAUGUAUUCACAAUGGGAAUUCCUACAAUCCAGGAGAAUCAAUCAGAGUUGGCUGUAACAACUGCACAUGUAGAAACAGAAAAUGGCAUUGCUCUGAGGAACCCUGCCUGGAAACGUGUUCUGUUUAUGGAGAUGGGCAUUAUACCACCUUUGAUGGCAAACGCUUUGAUUUUGAAGGAGACUGUGAAUAUGUUCUGGUCCAGAACUAUUGUGGUCAACAAGCUAUGAAUCAGGGAACCUUCAGAGUCAUCACUGAGAACAUUCCAUGUGGCACUACAGGAACCACCUGCUCUAAGUCUAUUAAAGUUUUCUUGGGGAACUAUGAGCUGGUACUCAGUGAUGGACACUCUGAUGUCAUCCAGAGGACACCUGGAGGAAAAAUGCCAUUCCAAAUCCGUUCCAUGGGUAUCUACCUGGUAGUUGACACCACUGCUGGUCUGAUACUCAUGUGGGACAAGAAGACCAGUAUAUUCAUCAAACUUAGUCCCAGCUUUCAGGGACAUGUUUGUGGACUUUGUGGAAACUAUGAUGGCAAUGGAAAUAAUGACUUCACUACUCGCAGUCAGUCUGUGGUAGGAAAUGUGCUGGAGUUUGCCAAUAGCUGGAAAGUGUCUUCUAGUUGCCCAAAUGCCAAUCGUACGAAGGAUCCAUGCACUGCAAACCCAUACAGGAAAGCCUGGGCACAGAAGCAAUGCAGCAUCAUUACCAGUGAAGUGUUUGCAAAGUGUCACUCUCAGGUUGAACCAAACGAGUAUUAUCAAGCAUGUGUGGAUGAUGCUUGUGCCUGCGACACUGGAGGAGACUGUGAAUGUUUCUGCACAGCAGUAGCUGCCUAUGCUCAAGCAUGCAAUGAGCUGGACAUUUGCAUUUCAUGGAGAACCCCAUCCAUAUGUCCUCUGUUCUGUGAUUACUACAAUCCACAAGGGGAAUGUGAGUGGCACUACAAACCAUGUGGAGCCCCUUGUAUGAAGACCUGCAACAAUCCAAGUGGGAACUGCCUUCAUGAGAUGAGAGGUUUGGAAGGCUGCUAUCCACACUGUCCAAAAAAUAAGCCCUAUUUUGAUGAAGAAACCAUGACCUGUGUUUCUAAUUGUGGCUGUUAUGAAAAUGGGAAAAAUUAUAAACCAGGAAUGGAGAUGCCUCCAAAGCAGAAUUGUGAAUCAUGUGAAUGUACAAUUCAUGGCAAAGAAUGCAGAUAUGACGAACAUGAAUGUGUCUGCUUCUAUGAGGGACAGAAAUAUAACUACAAAGAUGUGGUCUACAACACUACAGAUGGAACAGGAGGGUGUAUUGUUGCAAUCUGUGGUCCCAAUGGAACACUUGAAAGGAUUAUCUAUGAGUGCCCAAUCUCAACAUCACCCACAACAGCAACAACAUUUCAUUUCAGCACUACACCACCUGCCAGUACUUCCACAGUGUCACCAACCACGUCAGUAUGUGUUCAUGAAGUCUGUGAGUGGUCAGAAUGGUAUGAUGGCAGUCUGCAAACCCCUGGCUAUGACGGUGGAGAUUUUGAAACCUUCAAUGAUUUAAGAGCUAAAGGUUAUGAAGUUUGUAAAGCUCCACGGGAUAUUCAAUGCAGAGCAGAAAAAUUCCCUGAUAUACCACUGAAAGACCUUGGCCAAAAAGUAGAAUGCAGUACAACAGCUGGGCUUAUAUGUUACAACAAAGACCAAAUUUCAACAAUGUGCAACAACUAUGAGAUCAGAGUCCUAUGCUGUGUUUUUGUACCAUGCUCUUCCUCAACAUAUCCAGUCUCUACAACUUCUGAAAGUACAACAUUGAUACAUUCAACAUCUGAAGAAACAACAACCACAACCAUAAUGACAAGACCAGUCACCACAUUUCCUUCAACACCUUCUCUUUGCUUUAAAGAAGAAUGUUACUGGUCCAGAUGGUAUGAUGUCAGUUAUCCAGGGUCUGGUUAUGAUGAUGGAGAUUUCGACACCAUUGAGAACAUUAAAAAAAAAGGAUACAAAGUCUGUGCUAACAGAAGGGAUGUGGAAUGCAGAGCAGUGAGGUUUCCUAACACACCAUAUCCUCUCCUGGAGCAAAACAUCCUGUGCAAUACAGAAGAAGGCUUGAAAUGUUACAAUAAAGACCAAUUGCCGCCCAUUUGCUAUAAUUAUGAAUUAAGAUUUAAAUGCUGUGAAAAUAUAACAGUACCAUGCCAAACAACCACUGAAAGUAUUAGUACUGCAAAAACAACAGAACCAACUACACUUUCUUCAACACGAUUCAGUACAAUACACACAGAAGUAUCAACAACGCCACACUUGAUAACAAAACACAAGACAACACCACCAGAAACACAUCAACCACAAACAGAUUACAUUAUUACCAAAAAUACAACAAAACCAACAACACAAACUCAAAAAGAAACAACUCCUGCCACUACCAUAACACACUUCACAAUGACAACUACAAAAACCACUGGACCCCAGAUCACAAGCACUACAAGGGUAACCACCCCCUGUGAACCCGAAGUGUGCACCUGGAGCGAAUGGUUCGACGUCGACUUCCCCUCCGCCGGGCCCAACCAGGGAGACUUCGAAACCUACCAGCACAUCCGGGCCGCCGGGAAGCGCAUCUGCCAGCGUCCAAAGGAGAUCGAGUGCCGGGCGGAGGACUACCCCGACGUUCCCAUCCAACAGGUGGGGCAGGUCGUGCAGUGCGACGUCCACUAUGGACUGGUGUGCAAGAACGAGGACCAGACUGGAAAAUUCAAGAUGUGCCUCAACUACAGGAUACGCGUCCUCUGCUGCACCCCGAACUACAACUGCGUAAGCCCCACCACCAGCCCCACCACCAGCCCCACCACCAUCACCAGGCCCACGGCAAGCAGCACGCUCCCAACCUCCACCUCAGUCACCACCUCCACCUCCACCUUCCACUCUUCCACCACGCUGCCCACCUCCUCAGAAACCACGUCCACUUCCACCACCACCACCAGCCCCACGCCAACGCCUCCCACAGCCAGUCCCACCGUGAGCUCCACCACAUCCACCACCCCCUGUGAACCCGAAGUGUGCACCUGGAGCGAAUGGUUCGACGUCGACUUCCCCUCCGCCGGGCCCAACCAGGGAGACUUCGAAACCUACCAGCACAUCCGGGCCGCCGGGAAGCGCAUCUGCCAGCGUCCAAAGGAGAUCGAGUGCCGGGCGGAGGACUACCCCGACGUUCCCAUCCAACAGGUGGGGCAGGUCGUGCAGUGCGACGUCCACUAUGGACUGGUGUGCAAGAACGAGGACCAGACUGGAAAAUUCAAGAUGUGCCUCAACUACAGGAUACGCGUCCUCUGCUGCACCCCGAACUACAACUGCGUAAGCCCCACCACCAGCCCCACCACCAGCCCCACCACCAUCACCAGGCCCACGGCAAGCAGCACGCUCCCAACCUCCACCUCAGUCACCACCUCCACCUCCACCUUCCACUCUUCCACCACGCUGCCCACCUCCUCAGAAACCACGUCCACUUCCACCACCACCACCAGCCCCACGCCAACGCCUCCCACAGCCAGUCCCACCGUGAGCUCCAUCACAUCCACCACCCCCUGUGAACCCGAAGUGUGCACCUGGAGCGAAUGGUUCGACGUCGACUUCCCCUCCGCCGGGCCCAACCAGGGAGACUUCGAAACCUACCAGCACAUCCGGGCCGCCGGGAAGCGCAUCUGCCAGCGUCCAAAGGAGAUCGAGUGCCGGGCGGAGGACUACCCCGACGUUCCCAUCCAACAGGUGGGGCAGGUCGUGCAGUGCGACGUCCACUAUGGACUGGUGUGCAAGAACGAGGACCAGACUGGAAAAUUCAAGAUGUGCCUCAACUACAGGAUACGCGUCCUCUGCUGCACCCCGAACUACAACUGCGUAAGCCCCACCACCAGCCCCACCACCAGCCCCACCACCAUCACCAGGCCCACGGCAAGCAGCACGCUCCCAACCUCCACCUCAGUCACCACCUCCACCUCCACCUUCCACUCUUCCACCACGCUGCCCACCUCCUCAGAAACCACGUCCACUUCCACCACCACCACCAGCCCCACGCCAACGCCUCCCACAGCCAGUCCCACCGUGAGCUCCACCACAUCCACCACCCCCUGUGAACCCGAAGUGUGCACCUGGAGCGAAUGGUUCGACGUCGACUUCCCCUCCGCCGGGCCCAACCAGGGAGACUUCGAAACCUACCAGCACAUCCGGGCCGCCGGGAAGCGCAUCUGCCAGCGUCCAAAGGAGAUCGAGUGCCGGGCGGAGGACUACCCCGACGUUCCCAUCCAACAGGUGGGGCAGGUCGUGCAGUGCGACGUCCACUAUGGACUGGUGUGCAAGAACGAGGACCAGACUGGAAAAUUCAAGAUGUGCCUCAACUACAGGAUACGCGUCCUCUGCUGCACCCCGAACUACAACUGCGUAAGCCCCACCACCAGCCCCACCACCAGCCCCACCACCAUCACCAGGCCCACGGCAAGCAGCACGCUCCCAACCUCCACCUCAGUCACCACCUCCACCUCCACCUUCCACUCUUCCACCACGCUGCCCACCUCCUCAGAAACCACGUCCACUUCCACCACCACCACCAGCCCCACGCCAACGCCUCCCACAACCACUCCCACCGUGAGCUCCACCACAUCCACCACCCCCUGUGAACCCGAAGUGUGCACCUGGAGCGAAUGGUUCGACGUCGACUUCCCCUCCGCCGGGCCCAACCAGGGAGACUUCGAAACCUACCAGCACAUCCGGGCCGCCGGGAAGCGCAUCUGCCAGCGUCCAAAGGAGAUCGAGUGCCGGGCGGAGGACUACCCCGACGUUCCCAUCCAACAGGUGGGGCAGGUCGUGCAGUGCGACGUCCACUAUGGACUGGUGUGCAAGAACGAGGACCAGACUGGAAAAUUCAAGAUGUGCCUCAACUACAGGAUACGCGUCCUCUGCUGCACCCCGAACUACAACUGCGUAAGCCCCACCACCAGCCCCACCACCAGCCCCACCACCAUCACCAGGCCCACGGCAAGCAGCACGCUCCCAACCUCCACCUCAGUCACCACCUCCACCUCCACCUUCCACUCUUCCACCACGCUGCCCACCUCCUCAGAAACCACGUCCACUUCCACCACCACCACCAGCCCCACGCCAACGCCUCCCACAACCACUCCCACCGUGAGCUCCACCACAUCCACCACCCCCUGUGAACCCGAAGUGUGCACCUGGAGCGAAUGGUUCGACGUCGACUUCCCCUCCGCCGGGCCCAACCAGGGAGACUUCGAAACCUACCAGCACAUCCGGGCCGCCGGGAAGCGCAUCUGCCAGCGUCCAAAGGAGAUCGAGUGCCGGGCGGAGGACUACCCCGACGUUCCCAUCCAACAGGUGGGGCAGGUCGUGCAGUGCGACGUCCACUAUGGACUGGUGUGCAAGAACGAGGACCAGACUGGAAAAUUCAAGAUGUGCCUCAACUACAGGAUACGCGUCCUCUGCUGCACCCCGAACUACAACUGCGUAAGCCCCACCACCAGCCCCACCACCAGCCCCACCACCAUCACCAGGCCCACGGCAAGCAGCACGCUCCCAACCUCCACCUCAGUCACCACCUCCACCUCCACCUUCCACUCUUCCACCACGCUGCCCACCUCCUCAGAAACCACGUCCACUUCCACCACCACCACCAGCCCCACGCCAACGCCUCCCACAGCCAGUCCCACCGUGAGCUCCACCACAUCCACCACCCCCUGUGAACCCGAAGUGUGCACCUGGAGCGAAUGGUUCGACGUCGACUUCCCCUCCGCCGGGCCCAACCAGGGAGACUUCGAAACCUACCAGCACAUCCGGGCCGCCGGGAAGCGCAUCUGCCAGCGUCCAAAGGAGAUCGAGUGCCGGGCGGAGGACUACCCCGACGUUCCCAUCCAACAGGUGGGGCAGGUCGUGCAGUGCGACGUCCACUAUGGACUGGUGUGCAAGAACGAGGACCAGACUGGAAAAUUCAAGAUGUGCCUCAACUACAGGAUACGCGUCCUCUGCUGCACCCCGAACUACAACUGCGUAAGCCCCACCACCAGCCCCACCAGCAGCCCCACCACCAUCACCAGGCCCACGGCAAGCAGCACGCUCCCAACCUCCACCUCAGUCACCACCUCCACCUCCACCUUCCACUCUUCCACCACGCUGCCCACCUCCUCAGAAACCACGUCCACUUCCACCACCACCACCAGCCCCACGCCAACGCCUCCCACAACCACUCCCACCGUGAGCUCCACCACAUCCACCACCCCCUGUGAACCCGAAGUGUGCACCUGGAGCGAAUGGUUCGACGUCGACUUCCCCUCCGCCGGGCCCAACCAGGGAGACUUCGAAACCUACCAGCACAUCCGGGCCGCCGGGAAGCGCAUCUGCCAGCGUCCAAAGGAGAUCGAGUGCCGGGCGGAGGACUACCCCGACGUUCCCAUCCAACAGGUGGGGCAGGUCGUGCAGUGCGACGUCCACUAUGGACUGGUGUGCAAGAACGAGGACCAGACUGGAAAAUUCAAGAUGUGCCUCAACUACAGGAUACGCGUCCUCUGCUGCACCCCGAACUACAACUGCGUAAGCCCCACCACCAGCCCCACCACCAGCCCCACCACCAUCACCAGGCCCACGGCAAGCAGCACGCUCCCAACCUCCACCUCAGUCACCACCUCCACCUCCACCUUCCACUCUUCCACCACGCUGCCCACCUCCUCAGAAACCACGUCCACUUCCACCACCACCACCAGCCCCACGCCAACGCCUCCCACAACCACUCCCACCGUGAGCUCCACCACAUCCACCACCCCCUGUGAACCCGAAGUGUGCACCUGGAGCGAAUGGUUCGACGUCGACUUCCCCUCCGCCGGGCCCAACCAGGGAGACUUCGAAACCUACCAGCACAUCCGGGCCGCCGGGAAGCGCAUCUGCCAGCGUCCAAAGGAGAUCGAGUGCCGGGCGGAGGACUACCCCGACGUUCCCAUCCAACAGGUGGGGCAGGUCGUGCAGUGCGACGUCCACUAUGGACUGGUGUGCAAGAACGAGGACCAGACUGGAAAAUUCAAGAUGUGCCUCAACUACAGGAUACGCGUCCUCUGCUGCACCCCGAACUACAACUGCGUAAGCCCCACCACCAGCCCCACCACCAGCCCCACCACCAUCACCAGGCCCACGGCAAGCAGCACGCUCCCAACCUCCACCUCAGUCACCACCUCCACCUCCACCUUCCACUCUUCCACCACGCUGCCCACCUCCUCAGAAACCACGUCCACUUCCACCACCACCACCAGCCCCACGCCAACGCCUCCCACAACCACUCCCACCGUGAGCUCCACCACAUCCACCACCCCCUGUGAACCCGAAGUGUGCACCUGGAGCGAAUGGUUCGACGUCGACUUCCCCUCCGCCGGGCCCAACCAGGGAGACUUCGAAACCUACCAGCACAUCCGGGCCGCCGGGAAGCGCAUCUGCCAGCGUCCAAAGGAGAUCGAGUGCCGGGCGGAGGACUACCCCGACGUUCCCAUCCAACAGGUGGGGCAGGUCGUGCAGUGCGACGUCCACUAUGGACUGGUGUGCAAGAACGAGGACCAGACUGGAAAAUUCAAGAUGUGCCUCAACUACAGGAUACGCGUCCUCUGCUGCACCCCGAACUACAACUGCGUAAGCCCCACCACCAGCCCCACCACCAGCCCCACCACCAUCACCAGGCCCACGGCAAGCAGCACGCUCCCAACCUCCACCUCAGUCACCACCUCCACCUCCACCUUCCACUCUUCCACCACGCUGCCCACCUCCUCAGAAACCACGUCCACUUCCACCACCACCACCAGCCCCACGCCAAAGCCUCCCACAACCACUCCCACCGUGAGCUCCACCACAUCCACCACCCCCUGUGAACCCGAAGUGUGCACCUGGAGCGAAUGGUUCGACGUCGACUUCCCCUCCGCCGGGCCCAACCAGGGAGACUUCGAAACCUACCAGCACAUCCGGGCCGCCGGGAAGCGCAUCUGCCAGCGUCCAAAGGAGAUCGAGUGCCGGGCGGAGGACUACCCCGACGUUCCCAUCCAACAGGUGGGGCAGGUCGUGCAGUGCGACGUCCACUAUGGACUGGUGUGCAAGAACGAGGACCAGACUGGAAAAUUCAAGAUGUGCCUCAACUACAGGAUACGCGUCCUCUGCUGCACCCCGAACUACAACUGCGUAAGCCCCACCACCAGCCCCACCACCAGCCCCACCACCAUCACCAGGCCCACGGCAAGCAGCACGCUCCCAACCUCCACCUCAGUCACUACCUCCACCUCCACCUUCCACUCUUCCACCACGCUGCCCACCUCCUCAGAAACCACGUCCACUUCCACCACCACCACCAGCCCCACGCCAACGCCUCCCACAACCACUCCCACCGUGAGCUCCACCACAUCCACCACCCCCUGUGAACCCGAAGUGUGCACCUGGAGCGAAUGGUUCGACGUCGACUUCCCCUCCGCCGGGCCCAACCAGGGAGACUUCGAAACCUACCAGCACAUCCGGGCCGCCGGGAAGCGCAUCUGCCAGCGUCCAAAGGAGAUCGAGUGCCGGGCGGAGGACUACCCCGACGUUCCCAUCCAACAGGUGGGGCAGGUCGUGCAGUGCGACGUCCACUAUGGACUGGUGUGCAAGAACGAGGACCAGACUGGAAAAUUCAAGAUGUGCCUCAACUACAGGAUACGCGUCCUCUGCUGCACCCCGAACUACAACUGCGUAAGCCCCACCACCAGCCCCACCACCAGCCCCACCACCAUCACCAGGCCCACGGCAAGCAGCACGCUCCCAACCUCCACCUCAGUCACCACCUCCACCUCCACCUUCCACUCUUCCACCACGCUGCCCACCUCCUCAGAAACCACGUCCACUUCCACCACCACCACCAGCCCCACGCCAACGCCUCCCACAACCACUCCCACCGUGAGCUCCACCACAUCCACCACCCCCUGUGAACCCGAAGUGUGCACCUGGAGCGAAUGGUUCGACGUCGACUUCCCCUCCGCCGGGCCCAACCAGGGAGACUUCGAAACCUACCAGCACAUCCGGGCCGCCGGGAAGCGCAUCUGCCAGCGUCCAAAGGAGAUCGAGUGCCGGGCGGAGGACUACCCCGACGUUCCCAUCCAACAGGUGGGGCAGGUCGUGCAGUGCGACGUCCACUAUGGACUGGUGUGCAAGAACGAGGACCAGACUGGAAAAUUCAAGAUGUGCCUCAACUACAGGAUACGCGUCCUCUGCUGCACCCCGAACUACAACUGCGUAAGCCCCACCACCAGCCCCACCACCAGCCCCACCACCAUCACCAGGCCCACGGCAAGCAGCACGCUCCCAACCUCCACCUCAGUCACCACCUCCACCUCCACCUUCCACUCUUCCACCACGCUGCCCACCUCCUCAGAAACCACGUCCACUUCCACCACCACCACCAGCCCCACGCCAACGCCUCCCACAACCACUCCCACCGUGAGCUCCACCACAUCCACCACCCCCUGUGAACCCGAAGUGUGCACCUGGAGCGAAUGGUUCGACGUCGACUUCCCCUCCGCCGGGCCCAACCAGGGAGACUUCGAAACCUACCAGCACAUCCGGGCCGCCGGGAAGCGCAUCUGCCAGCGUCCAAAGGAGAUCGAGUGCCGGGCGGAGGACUACCCCGACGUUCCCAUCCAACAGGUGGGGCAGGUCGUGCAGUGCGACGUCCACUAUGGACUGGUGUGCAAGAACGAGGACCAGACUGGAAAAUUCAAGAUGUGCCUCAACUACAGGAUACGCGUCCUCUGCUGCACCCCGAACUACAACUGCGUAAGCCCCACCACCAGCCCCACCACCAGCCCCACCACCAUCACCAGGCCCACGGCAAGCAGCACGCUCCCAACCUCCACCUCAGUCACCACCUCCACCUCCACCUUCCACUCUUCCACCACGCUGCCCACCUCCUCAGAAACCACGUCCACUUCCACCACCACCACCAGCCCCACGCCAACGCCUCCCACAGCCAGUCCCACCGUGAGCUCCACCACAUCCACCACCCCCUGUGAACCCGAAGUGUGCACCUGGAGCGAAUGGUUCGACGUCGACUUCCCCUCCGCCGGGCCCAACCAGGGAGACUUCGAAACCUACCAGCACAUCCGGGCCGCCGGGAAGCGCAUCUGCCAGCGUCCAAAGGAGAUCGAGUGCCGGGCGGAGGACUACCCCGAUGUUCCCAUCCAACAGGUGGGGCAGGUCGUGCAGUGCGACGUCCACUAUGGACUGGUGUGCAAGAACGAGGACCAGACUGGAAAAUUCAAGAUGUGCCUCAACUACAGGAUACGCGUCCUCUGCUGCACCCCGAACUACAACUGCGUAAGCCCCACCACCAGCCCCACCACCAGCCCCACCACCAUCACCAGGCCCACGGCAAGCAGCACGCUCCCAACCUCCACCUCAGUCACCACCUCCACCUCCACCUUCCACUCUUCCACCACGCUGCCCACCUCCUCAGAAACCACGUCCACUUCCACCACCACCACCAGCCCCACGCCAACGCCUCCCACAGCCAGUCCCACCGUGAGCUCCACCACAUCCACCACCCCCUGUGAACCCGAAGUGUGCACCUGGAGCGAAUGGUUCGACGUCGACUUCCCCUCCGCCGGGCCCAACCAGGGAGACUUCGAAACCUACCAGCACAUCCGGGCCGCCGGGAAGCGCAUCUGCCAGCGUCCAAAGGAGAUCGAGUGCCGGGCGGAGGACUACCCCGACGUUCCCAUCCAACAGGUGGGGCAGGUCGUGCAGUGCGACGUCCACUAUGGACUGGUGUGCAAGAACGAGGACCAGACUGGAAAAUUCAAGAUGUGCCUCAACUACAGGAUACGCGUCCUCUGCUGCACCCCGAACUACAACUGCGUAAGCCCCACCACCAGCCCCACCACCAGCCCCACCACCAUCACCAGGCCCACGGCAAGCAGCACGCUCCCAACCUCCACCUCAGUCACCACCUCCACCUCCACCUUCCACUCUUCCACCACGCUGCCCACCUCCUCAGAAACCACGUCCACUUCCACCACCACCACCAGCCCCACGCCAACGCCUCCCACAACCACUCCCACCGUGAGCUCCACCACAUCCACCACCCCCUGUGAACCCGAAGUGUGCACCUGGAGCGAAUGGUUCGACGUCGACUUCCCCUCCGCCGGGCCCAACCAGGGAGACUUCGAAACCUACCAGCACAUCCGGGCCGCCGGGAAGCGCAUCUGCCAGCGUCCAAAGGAGAUCGAGUGCCGGGCGGAGGACUACCCCGACGUUCCCAUCCAACAGGUGGGGCAGGUCGUGCAGUGCGACGUCCACUAUGGACUGGUGUGCAAGAACGAGGACCAGACUGGAAAAUUCAAGAUGUGCCUCAACUACAGGAUACGCGUCCUCUGCUGCACCCCGAACUACAACUGCGUAAGCCCCACCACCAGCCCCACCACCAGCCCCACCACCAUCACCAGGCCCACGGCAAGCAGCACGCUCCCAACCUCCACCUCAGUCACCACCUCCACCUCCACCUUCCACUCUUCCACCACGCUGCCCACCUCCUCAGAAACCACGUCCACUUCCACCACCACCACCAGCCCCACGCCAACGCCUCCCACAACCACUCCCACCGUGAGCUCCACCACAUCCACCACCCCCUGUGAACCCGAAGUGUGCACCUGGAGCGAAUGGUUCGACGUCGACUUCCCCUCCGCCGGGCCCAACCAGGGAGACUUCGAAACCUACCAGCACAUCCGGGCCGCCGGGAAGCGCAUCUGCCAGCGUCCAAAGGAGAUCGAGUGCCGGGCGGAGGACUACCCCGACGUUCCCAUCCAACAGGUGGGGCAGGUCGUGCAGUGCGACGUCCACUAUGGACUGGUGUGCAAGAACGAGGACCAGACUGGAAAAUUCAAGAUGUGCCUCAACUACAGGAUACGCGUCCUCUGCUGCACCCCGAACUACAACUGCGUAAGCCCCACCACCAGCCCCACCACCAGCCCCACCACCAUCACCAGGCCCACGGCAAGCAGCACGCUCCCAACCUCCACCUCAGUCACCACCUCCACCUCCACCUUCCACUCUUCCACCACGCUGCCCACCUCCUCAGAAACCACGUCCACUUCCACCACCACCACCAGCCCCACGCCAACGCCUCCCACAACCACUCCCACCGUGAGCUCCACCACAUCCACCACCCCCUGUGAACCCGAAGUGUGCACCUGGAGCGAAUGGUUCGACGUCGACUUCCCCUCCGCCGGGCCCAACCAGGGAGACUUCGAAACCUACCAGCACAUCCGGGCCGCCGGGAAGCGCAUCUGCCAGCGUCCAAAGGAGAUCGAGUGCCGGGCGGAGGACUACCCCGACGUUCCCAUCCAACAGGUGGGGCAGGUCGUGCAGUGCGACGUCCACUAUGGACUGGUGUGCAAGAACGAGGACCAGACUGGAAAAUUCAAGAUGUGCCUCAACUACAGGAUACGCGUCCUCUGCUGCACCCCGAACUACAACUGCGUAAGCCCCACCACCAGCCCCACCACCAGCCCCACCACCAUCACCAGGCCCACGGCAAGCAGCACGCUCCCAACCUCCACCUCAGUCACCACCUCCACCUCCACCUUCCACUCUUCCACCACGCUGCCCACCUCCUCAGAAACCACGUCCACUUCCACCACCACCACCAGCCCCACGCCAACGCCUCCCACAGCCAGUCCCACCGUGAGCUCCACCACAUCCACCACCCCCUGUGAACCCGAAGUGUGCACCUGGAGCGAAUGGUUCGACGUCGACUUCCCCUCCGCCGGGCCCAACCAGGGAGACUUCGAAACCUACCAGCACAUCCGGGCCGCCGGGAAGCGCAUCUGCCAGCGUCCAAAGGAGAUCGAGUGCCGGGCGGAGGACUACCCCGACGUUCCCAUCCAACAGGUGGGGCAGGUCGUGCAGUGCGACGUCCACUAUGGACUGGUGUGCAAGAACGAGGACCAGACUGGAAAAUUCAAGAUGUGCCUCAACUACAGGAUACGCGUCCUCUGCUGCACCCCGAACUACAACUGCGUAAGCCCCACCACCAGCCCCACCAGCAGCCCCACCACCAUCACCAGGCCCACGGCAAGCAGCACGCUCCCAACCUCCACCUCAGUCACCACCUCCACCUCCACCUUCCACUCUUCCACCACGCUGCCCACCUCCUCAGAAACCACGUCCACUUCCACCACCACCACCAGCCCCACGCCAACGCCUCCCACAACCACUCCCACCGUGAGCUCCACCACAUCCACCACCCCCUGUGAACCCGAAGUGUGCACCUGGAGCGAAUGGUUCGACGUCGACUUCCCCUCCGCCGGGCCCAACCAGGGAGACUUCGAAACCUACCAGCACAUCCGGGCCGCCGGGAAGCGCAUCUGCCAGCGUCCAAAGGAGAUCGAGUGCCGGGCGGAGGACUACCCCGACGUUCCCAUCCAACAGGUGGGGCAGGUCGUGCAGUGCGACGUCCACUAUGGACUGGUGUGCAAGAACGAGGACCAGACUGGAAAAUUCAAGAUGUGCCUCAACUACAGGAUACGCGUCCUCUGCUGCACCCCGAACUACAACUGCGUAAGCCCCACCACCAGCCCCACCACCAGCCCCACCACCAUCACCAGGCCCACGGCAAGCAGCACGCUCCCAACCUCCACCUCAGUCACCACCUCCACCUCCACCUUCCACUCUUCCACCACGCUGCCCACCUCCUCAGAAACCACGUCCACUUCCACCACCACCACCAGCCCCACGCCAACGCCUCCCACAACCACUCCCACCGUGAGCUCCACCACAUCCACCACCCCCUGUGAACCCGAAGUGUGCACCUGGAGCGAAUGGUUCGACGUCGACUUCCCCUCCGCCGGGCCCAACCAGGGAGACUUCGAAACCUACCAGCACAUCCGGGCCGCCGGGAAGCGCAUCUGCCAGCGUCCAAAGGAGAUCGAGUGCCGGGCGGAGGACUACCCCGACGUUCCCAUCCAACAGGUGGGGCAGGUCGUGCAGUGCGACGUCCACUAUGGACUGGUGUGCAAGAACGAGGACCAGACUGGAAAAUUCAAGAUGUGCCUCAACUACAGGAUACGCGUCCUCUGCUGCACCCCGAACUACAACUGCGUAAGCCCCACCACCAGCCCCACCACCAUCACCAGGCCCACGGCAAGCAGCACGCUCCCAACCUCCACCUCAGUCACCACCUCCACCUCCACCUUCCACUCUUCCACCACGCUGCCCACCUCCUCAGAAACCACGUCCACUUCCACCACCACCACCAGCCCCACGCCAACGCCUCCCACAACCACUCCCACCGUGAGCUCCACCACAUCCACCACCCCCUGUGAACCCGAAGUGUGCACCUGGAGCGAAUGGUUCGACGUCGACUUCCCCUCCGCCGGGCCCAACCAGGGAGACUUCGAAACCUACCAGCACAUCCGGGCCGCCGGGAAGCGCAUCUGCCAGCGUCCAAAGGAGAUCGAGUGCCGGGCGGAGGACUACCCCGACGUUCCCAUCCAACAGGUGGGGCAGGUCGUGCAGUGCGACGUCCACUAUGGACUGGUGUGCAAGAACGAGGACCAGACUGGAAAAUUCAAGAUGUGCCUCAACUACAGGAUACGCGUCCUCUGCUGCACCCCGAACUACAACUGCGUAAGCCCCACCACCAGCCCCACCACCAGCCCCACCACCAUCACCAGGCCCACGGCAAGCAGCACGCUCCCAACCUCCACCUCAGUCACCACCUCCACCUCCACCUUCCACUCUUCCACCACGCUGCCCACCUCCUCAGAAACCACGUCCACUUCCACCACCACCACCAGCCCCACGCCAACGCCUCCCACAACCACUCCCACCGUGAGCUCCACCACAUCCACCACCCCCUGUGAACCCGAAGUGUGCACCUGGAGCGAAUGGUUCGACGUCGACUUCCCCUCCGCCGGGCCCAACCAGGGAGACUUCGAAACCUACCAGCACAUCCGGGCCGCCGGGAAGCGCAUCUGCCAGCGUCCAAAGGAGAUCGAGUGCCGGGCGGAGGACUACCCCGACGUUCCCAUCCAACAGGUGGGGCAGGUCGUGCAGUGCGACGUCCACUAUGGACUGGUGUGCAAGAACGAGGACCAGACUGGAAAAUUCAAGAUGUGCCUCAACUACAGGAUACGCGUCCUCUGCUGCACCCCGAACUACAACUGCGUAAGCCCCACCACCAGCCCCACCACCAGCCCCACCACCAUCACCAGGCCCACGGCAAGCAGCACGCUCCCAACCUCCACCUCAGUCACUACCUCCACCUCCACCUUCCACUCUUCCACCACGCUGCCCACCUCCUCAGAAACCACGUCCACUUCCACCACCACCACCAGCCCCACGCCAACGCCUCCCACAACCACUCCCACCGUGAGCUCCACCACAUCCACCACCCCCUGUGAACCCGAAGUGUGCACCUGGAGCGAAUGGUUCGACGUCGACUUCCCCUCCGCCGGGCCCAACCAGGGAGACUUCGAAACCUACCAGCACAUCCGGGCCGCCGGGAAGCGCAUCUGCCAGCGUCCAAAGGAGAUCGAGUGCCGGGCGGAGGACUACCCCGACGUUCCCAUCCAACAGGUGGGGCAGGUCGUGCAGUGCGACGUCCACUAUGGACUGGUGUGCAAGAACGAGGACCAGACUGGAAAAUUCAAGAUGUGCCUCAACUACAGGAUACGCGUCCUCUGCUGCACCCCGAACUACAACUGCGUAAGCCCCACCACCAGCCCCACCACCAGCCCCACCACCAUCACCAGGCCCACGGCAAGCAGCACGCUCCCAACCUCCACCUCAGUCACCACCUCCACCUCCACCUUCCACUCUUCCACCACGCUGCCCACCUCCUCAGAAACCACGUCCACUUCCACCACCACCACCAGCCCCACGCCAACGCCUCCCACAACCACUCCCACCGUGAGCUCCACCACAUCCACCACCCCCUGUGAACCCGAAGUGUGCACCUGGAGCGAAUGGUUCGACGUCGACUUCCCCUCCGCCGGGCCCAACCAGGGAGACUUCGAAACCUACCAGCACAUCCGGGCCGCCGGGAAGCGCAUCUGCCAGCGUCCAAAGGAGAUCGAGUGCCGGGCGGAGGACUACCCCGACGUUCCCAUCCAACAGGUGGGGCAGGUCGUGCAGUGCGACGUCCACUAUGGACUGGUGUGCAAGAACGAGGACCAGACUGGAAAAUUCAAGAUGUGCCUCAACUACAGGAUACGCGUCCUCUGCUGCACCCCGAACUACAACUGCGUAAGCCCCACCACCAGCCCCACCACCAGCCCCACCACCAUCACCAGGCCCACGGCAAGCAGCACGCUCCCAACCUCCACCUCAGUCACCACCUCCACCUCCACCUUCCACUCUUCCACCACGCUGCCCACCUCCUCAGAAACCACGUCCACUUCCACCACCACCACCAGCCCCACGCCAACGCCUCCCACAACCACUCCCACCGUGAGCUCCACCACAUCCACCACCCCCUGUGAACCCGAAGUGUGCACCUGGAGCGAAUGGUUCGACGUCGACUUCCCCUCCGCCGGGCCCAACCAGGGAGACUUCGAAACCUACCAGCACAUCCGGGCCGCCGGGAAGCGCAUCUGCCAGCGUCCAAAGGAGAUCGAGUGCCGGGCGGAGGACUACCCCGACGUUCCCAUCCAACAGGUGGGGCAGGUCGUGCAGUGCGACGUCCACUAUGGACUGGUGUGCAAGAACGAGGACCAGACUGGAAAAUUCAAGAUGUGCCUCAACUACAGGAUACGCGUCCUCUGCUGCACCCCGAACUACAACUGCGUAAGCCCCACCACCAGCCCCACCACCAGCCCCACCACCAUCACCAGGCCCACGGCAAGCAGCACGCUCCCAACCUCCACCUCAGUCACCACCUCCACCUCCACCUUCCACUCUUCCACCACGCUGCCCACCUCCUCAGAAACCACGUCCACUUCCACCACCACCACCAGCCCCACGCCAACGCCUCCCACAACCACUCCCACCGUGAGCUCCACCACAUCCACCACCCCCUGUGAACCCGAAGUGUGCACCUGGAGCGAAUGGUUCGACGUCGACUUCCCCUCCGCCGGGCCCAACCAGGGAGACUUCGAAACCUACCAGCACAUCCGGGCCGCCGGGAAGCGCAUCUGCCAGCGUCCAAAGGAGAUCGAGUGCCGGGCGGAGGACUACCCCGACGUUCCCAUCCAACAGGUGGGGCAGGUCGUGCAGUGCGACGUCCACUAUGGACUGGUGUGCAAGAACGAGGACCAGACUGGAAAAUUCAAGAUGUGCCUCAACUACAGGAUACGCGUCCUCUGCUGCACCCCGAACUACAACUGCGUAAGCCCCACCACCAGCCCCACCAUCAGCAGUACCAGAAGUGAACCUUUCUGGACCAGGACUCCAUCUCCAAUAUUAACAACGCCAUGUUUCUGCAAGAUUGGCGACUCUAUUUUUUCACCUGGUGAUCUGAUUUACAACAGAAUGGAUAGUGAUGGAUGUAGAUUUUAUGCAAUCUGUAGCCCAGUAUGUACUAUUGAACGACACAGUGUACCUUGUAAUGUCACUACUCCUUUAUCCACUACUUCCUCUGAGUGGUCUACCACAACAACAUCAGUUCCUCUGUCAACCACUACAAAAAGUUCUCAUUUUCACGGCUGUGUUUCUAAUACAUAUCCUCCCCUACAGCCUGGAGAACGUUACAAAUUAUCCAACUGUACAGAAGUCAUCUGUAAAGGAGACAAUGAUAUAGACAUAGUACCAACAUAUUGCCCACCUGUAAAGGAAAUUACCUGUGCAAACAAAUAUCCUCCAGUCCUAGUACCUUAUGAAAAUGGCUGCUGUUACCGAUAUGAGUGUCAAUGUGUGUGUAGUGGAUGGGGUGACCCUCAUUACAUCACAUUCGAUGGAAUCUACUAUACUUUCCUUGAAAACUGCACUUACGUCCUGGUGAAACAGAUUAUUCCUAAAUAUGACAACUUCCGUGUUUACAUCGACAAUUAUUACUGCGAUGCAAGAGACGGACUCUCCUGCCCUAAAUCCAUUCUUAUUUUCUACAAAUCUGCAGAAGUGGUGUUGACUCGGGAACUCAUGAAUGGUGUCAUGACCAAUGUGAUGUACUUCAACAAAAAGAUUGUCAAACCAGGCUUCGAAAAAGACGGCAUUUCUUUCUCCACUCUUGGCAUCAAUAUGAUUGUUGAAAUAAAAGAGAUUGGUGCAACUAUCACCUUUAGUGGUCUAAUCUUCUCUGUGAAACUCCCAUACAGCAAAUUUGGCAACAACACCGAAGGACAGUGUGGAACAUGUACAAAUAACAAAGCAGAUGAAUGCCGUUUACCAAGUGGUAAGAUCAUUUCUUCCUGUCCCCAAAUGGCUCAUCACUGGAUUGUUGAUGACAACAAGACGUGUCAUGGAGUACCAAUAGUACCAACUAUAACCACACCUCCACCAAAGCCUCAUUGUGAAACACCUCCUCUCUGCAAGCUUAUCUUGAGCGAGAUUUUUGCAGAAUGUCAUGCUGUGAUACCACCAGAACCAUUUUUCAAAGGCUGUGUUUUCGAUGGAUGUCGCAUAGAUGAUGAAUCCAUGCAGUGUUCCAGUUUGGAGAUAUAUGCUACAGAGUGUGCGUCUAGAGGUGUCUGCAUUGACUGGAGAGGAAAGACCAACAAUACAUGCUCAUUCAGCUGUCCAGCAAGCUUGGUAUACAAGCCAUGUGGGCCCAUUAAUCCUGAUACCUGUGAUCAAAGCUCUGUUGAGCAUCCUGGCUUUGGAAUAACUGAAGGCUGUUUCUGUCCUGAAGGAACGACACUCCUGAGUGCAGAGAGCAAUAUCUGUGUCCCUGAAUGUUCUUGCAGGGAACCAAAUGGAGUACCCAGAUGGCCAGGAGAAAAAUGGACAAAAGAUUGCCAGGAAUGUGUCUGUGACAAAAAUACUCUUAAGGUGCACUGUACAAAACACAAAUGUUCUCUGACACAGCAAGUAUUUUGUGACGAACCAGGUUACAUGCCUGUUCAGAUACAGAUACCAGAAGAUCCAUGCUGUACUAGGACUGAGUGCUACUGCAACACCAGCCUCUGCCCUGAGGUCACGCCCCAGUGCUUAGAGGGACAAGAAAUAAUCACAAUAAUGCAGCCUGGAAAAUGCUGUCCUACCUUUGAAUGCAGACAUGGCUGUGUAGUCAAUGAAACUUACUAUGCGCCUGGAACUGUCAUUCCAUCAGGCCCCUGCGAAGAAUGCACUUGCUCUGAAUCCUCUUACUUAAGGCCUCACCAUGUUACUGUCAAGUGCAAGCCUGUUACCUGUGACACAUACUGCCCACUGGGUUAUAAGUAUACAGAGGAACCGGGACAAUGCUGCGGCACAUGCAAGGCAGAGGCUUGUGUGGUGACUGUGGGACACAACAUUACACACGUGGUCUAUGAAGGAGAAUACUGGAACCCACCUGGUGAUAACUGUACAGUCUACACAUGUGAAAAACAUGCUGACCAGUUCAUUCAAGUCGUCAGACAGACAAGCUGUCCUGCCUUUAACCCUGAUGAAUGUGAUGUAAAUGACAUCAAGUUAUCUGACGAUGGUUGCUGUAUAGAGUGCCGAAGAAAACCAAAGCUUUGUAUGAAGCACAAUACUACGGCUGUCAUCAAAUAUAAUGGAUGUGUAUCUCCUGCACCUGUUGAGAUGACAUACUGUGAAGGCAGCUGUGAUGCUUACUCACGAUAUUCUCAAAAGACAAACACAAUGGAACACAAAUGCUCAUGUUGUCAGGAAAUCAAGACCAGCCAAAGAAAGGUGACUCUGACAUGCAGUGACGGAACCUACCUUGAUCACUCAUACACCUAUGUGGAGAAAUGCAGCUGUGUGACUGCUCAGUGCAUUCCCCAAGACAGCACCCAACAGGAGACAAGCCAGACAAAGACCUCUCAGGAACAGGCAAAUGUCAAAAAUUAGAACUGGAGACAAGUCGCCAAACAAGGGCUGGACAUAAGACUAAAAUAAAAAAACUCUGAAAAAAUAUGGAAGUGUCAAGAGCAGCUAAAAUUUUGGAUGAACAGAUGAUAUUUUCUGCAUAAAAUCCCAAUAUGUCUUGUCUACAUUAUUUCAGUUUUCAUUAUUGAUAUAUCUCCCAUUUUUUCUUUCAUGUCUUUUACCCCGAGAAGUUCAGCAUAAGGUCAUCUUGUCAUUUUCUAUGCAUUUGUCUUCUGAGAAGUGCUGUAACAUAAGAUUGAGAGAUGGAUUUUUAAUAACAUUUUCAUUCCAGUUCAUUGAGACAAAUCAAAAGAUAAAUCCAGAAAACAAACAAAAACCAAGGAAAACUGUACCUCUCUGCUUCUAUAUGUUUCUUUUUGCAUUGAGGAAAACUUAGACUGCAGAAAGCCAUACUUUUUCAAAACUGUAAACUUCAAUAUUUUGGACAAUUUAUGAUGGACAUAUUUCCCUAUAUAUUUUUUGUGAGAAAAAGGAAAAAAUCCUAUUAUGAGAAGCUGCUGCACACUACUUUUUGUUUACAUAACACCAUCAGCAUAGUAACCGUAUGAAAAUAUGGAUUUUUUUUGUUUUGUUUGUGGUUAACUGUUUACAGAAGAAGUAUAUAUAUAUAUAUUUGCCAACAGGGGCAUAUGAAGGAUUUUUUUAAAACAAAAGUUUAUUAUUAAUAAUAAUAAUUGUAAAUUCUUUCUUAGGAAGCUUGUAAAAGUUGAACCAUUGCUAUUUAUUAUUUUUUUUGGAAAACUGAUUUAUUGGGUCAUUUCUUUCAGAAUUAAUGUUAUCCCAUUUCUUAGUCUCAGCCAUGUUGUCUGGGUAUGGUAUAUUUCCUUCUUUUGUUUUUGAAUAUUGUUUUAUUUUUGUUCCUUAUGGGGGGGAAGCAAUGAUGAUUAAUAAAUUUUGAGCAUUUUA